UCUAUCAUGGCGGUUAUUCCUUUCGUCAUCUACUUUGUCAUAAUUUAUAUUUGAAGUUUUCUAGCGUUUAUUUGUGUUUUUUAAAAGCUUUGUUAUUGUAACAAGAUUUUUAUCUGUUUAUCAUUACUUCAAUCAUUUAAAACAAUGAGUUCUGCAACUUCAACUGCUCUAUUUGCUUGUUCUCGUUGUUUCUCAAGACAUCCAUUUGAAGAAUUAUCUCCUGGAGAACAACUUUGCAAGGAAUGUCGUGGCUCUUUCCCGGUCGUCAAGUGUACGUAUUGCCGUUCUGAGUUUCAACAAACAAGUAAAUCAAAUACUUCUUCAAUUUGUAAAAAAUGUGAGGCUAAUGUUAAAGCUUAUGGCAAACCGACAGCAUGUGAAUAUUGCAACAUUAUAGCUGCUUUUAUAGGCAAUAAAUGCCAGCGAUGUGCUAAUUCGGAACGCAAGUAUGGACCUGCUGUUACUUGUGAGCAGUGCAAACAGCGAUGUGCUUUUGAUCGACAUGAUGAUAACAAAAAGUGCUUCCAGGUUGAUGGCAAGUUGCUGUGCUGGUUGUGUACCCAGUCAUUGAAGAGGGCUUUGGCUCGAACCAAGCAACAUCUAUCUGCUAUUGAUAAACAUAAGCAUCGCUCACACAAGUCGAAAAGCAGUCACAAAGAUAAACGUAAAUCCGACAUGAUGAAAUCAAUGAACUCUGGUGAUCUCUCUCUUAGUGAUUCGCAGCCCAUGGAAAAGAAGUCAAAGCUAAAUCCACUGCAAGAUAUGUACUGUUUGUUAGGUGAAUUAGACCCUAACAGUUCCGACCAUGUAGUUGCAAUGACUCAACUAAAGGAAACAAUUGCAAGUCUACAGAAGAAAGUACAACAGAAGGAUAAUGAGUUACUUUCCAAAGAUAAACUGAUAACUGAAUUGAAAGCACAGCAUCACAAUGAUACGACAGAUCUUCGUAAUGAAAUGAAAAAUAAAGAACGAUUGAAUGAAACUAAAUUUAAUCUUAUGAACUCUAAAAUUCAAAAUUUACUCAAAGAAGUGGCAACACUAAGUAAAUCUGCUAAAAAAAAUAAUAAAUUUACAAAGUCCGCUCUCGCAAAUACCGAGAACAGCGGCAGUGGCACAGACAGCCCAAGCACCAAUUAGAACAAUUUCUCACACAUUAUUUAUAGUGAUAUUUCAAUGGGAAAUAGGCAUUUUCCUUUUAUUUUUUUACUCUACAAAUGGUUUCAUUUGUAGACAUAUUUAAAACUUAAGCGUAAGUAGGUUUCCAUUUGAUAAUUUUCUUUAUCUGUAAGCAACUUACCAUUGUUUUUUUUUAAGAUGAAUAACUUAUUUGACUUGACGGUGCAGAUUGUUUUCAUUGGUAGGUUAAAUGCGGGUGAAUGUUAGUAAAACAUUCUCAAACAGUUGCCACAUCCUACCUCUGGUUAAUAUUAACACCAAAUGUGAUUUUUUUAAUGUAAAUUAUUAUAUCAUUAUAAUUAGUUAUAUCAUUAUAAUAUUUAAAAAUAUCAUUGUAUUCAAAAUCGAAUUAUAUUUUUAUUUUUUUAUAAAUCAUUAUAAAGUGGCAACUUUGUAACACGAAAGACAAUCUUAGGAAAAUGCGAGAUUAUUUUUGUAUAUUUUAUUUUGAAAUUUGUGUCAAAUAUUAUGUGACUGACAAAAAAAAUAAAACGUUUUUUAAUAAUUUGACAUAAUUUGUCUUCAACAUUUAUUGAAUGGUUAUUAUAAUACUUAUUAAGUAUCUCAGUCAAUACCAAAAUUAGAUAUACAAUAAAUUGUCAUAUCAAUAUUUAUUUGUGAUUUCUUUGAAUCAAAGAUAUCAUUUUUUCGUUUAUUAGUGUCCACAAAACACUAAAUCAUAACAGAUAAUGUACAUUGAAUCAGUGAUGUCAGUUUUUAAAAUAAGUUUAAUAUGUUUUGUAUAAACCACAUUAUCAUGAUACAUUUAAAGUAAAUUUAUAGUUAGUGUAUGUGAUUAGUUGUUUAUCGUUUUACUUAAUAAAAGCCCAAAUAGUAGAUCUGGCUAAGAAAUAAUUGAAAUUGAACAAAAAAAAUCGUUAAAGCAAAUACAAUUUAAGACAUUUCUAUUAAUUGAAUUCUUAGAUGUAUAAUUCCAUGAAAAUAAUGUCAAAAAUUUAAAUUUAUUGAUUUUGAGUAGGUAAACAAAACUUGUUUACGAAAAGUUUCAUAACUUACAAAGCAAUUCCGGAUGUUAUUGUUUUCGGUAACUUUUAAACUGAAAAACGGAAUAAUACGAAAUUAAUUUUGAGGCUGAAAACGAAGACUACGACGUAAUUUAGUAAUUUAUAAAUUCCAUUGUAAAAGUUCCAUUGGUUUAUUGACUUGUAAGAAAUUAACCUUAUGAUGAAUUUGCGAGUAAAAAAAAAAUUUAUAAUUAUUGUCACAAUUACAAAAAAAAAAAAACAGAUGACAGACAGUAUUGACAAUUAUGAAACGAGUAUUUCAGAUUCCAAUAAUUGUAAAUGGAUAUAAUUAUUAGUGACUAAAAUAAAUACAAUAAAUGGUGUUGAAAACA